ACACGGUCAAGAUGGCUGCGAUUGACGACGGCUUCGAGGCCCUACUAGAGCCUUUCUACAACGGCAAGAAACUCACAGACACAAUAUCAACCAAAGAAGACAAGUACCAGCUACUACCAGCGUUCCUCAAGGUGAAAGGUCUCGUCAAGCAGCACAUAGACUCGUACAAUUUCUUCGUCGAACAAGAGAUCAAAGAUAUUGUCAGGGCAAACCGAUCCAUUCGAAGCGACCAAGAAAAAGACUUCUGGCUCGAGUUCACCGACAUCCGUGUCGGAACCCCUACCCGCAAUGACUACAGCGACAUUAAGGCUCGUGACGAGGUCACACCGAUGGAGUGCCGCCUCCGUGACAUGACAUAUGCCGCACCGGUGGUGGUGGACAUUAUAUACUCGCGCGAUCGGAAAAAGAUCGUCCGGAAAAACAUCCCGCUUUGCCGAAUACCCGUCAUGCUCAAAAGCGCGAAGUGCUGCCUCAGCGGCGCCAACAACGCCCAGAUGGAGAUUAUGAACGAGUGCCCGCUGGACCCUGGUGGUUACUUCAUCAUCAAUGGAACUGAAAAGGUUAUUCUCAUUCAAGAACAACUGAGCAAGAACCGUGUCAUCGUCGAAGCGGACGAGAAGACGGGCGGAGUGUCGGCGUCGGUCACGAGUUCAACACACGAGCGCAAGUCCAAGACAUAUGUCAUUCUGAAGAAGGACCGGAUAGUUCUUAAUCAUAACGUCCUCGUGGAGCCCAUCCCGAUCGUCAUUGUGCUCAAGGCUUUUGGCGGACUCUCUGACUAUGAGAUCAUGGAGCUUGUGGCGGGCGGCGAUGCGAGGUACCAGGACGACUUCCUCAUCAAUUUCGAAGAGGCGGCCAAGGCGGGCGUGUAUACGCAGCAGCAAGCGCUGGAGUAUGUUGGCGCCAGGGUGAAAAUGGGAGGGCCCAAGAAAGGACGAUCCGGUCCCGCACCCCGCCGGAGUCCGGUCGAGGAAGGAUUGGACGCUCUCGCCAACAUCAUCAUCGCCCAUGUUACCAUUGAGGACCUCGACUUCUACCCGAAGGCAAUCUACAUUGCCAUGAUGGUCCGCCGUGUCCUGAUGGCCGCGCAUAAUUCGAAGCUUGUCGAUGACCGGGACUUCGUAGGCAACAAGAGGCUAGAACUGGCCGGGCAGCUGCUGUCUCUGUUAUUCGAAGACCUGUUCAAGGGGUUUGUCUCGAUGCUGAAGGGAAAUAUGGAAUAUUUCUUUAAGAAACCGAACCGCACCUCGGCCUACGACCCCAUAGGCCCAAUCAGCAGCCAGGGUCAAUAUAUUACACAAGGGCUGAACCGGGCCAUCCAGAGCGGGAAUUGGAACGUCAAGCGAUUCAACAUGAACCGAGCUGGUGUCACCCACGUCCUGAGCCGCCUGAGUUACAUUUCCGCCCUCGGCAUGAUGACCCGUAUCAGCAGUCAGUUCGAGAAGACAAGAAAAGUGAGCGGUCCUAGAGCGCUCCAGCCAUCUCAAUGGGGUAUGCUCUGCCCUUCGGACACGCCAGAAGGUGAAGCCUGCGGUCUGGUCAAAAAUCUAGCCCUUAUGACCCAUAUCACUACCAAUGCCGACGAGGAGCCUGUGAAGCAUUGGAUCUUCGCCCUUGUUGAUGGCGUCUUGCCGAUCCGGAUGUUCAGCGGGACCGAGAUGCACAAGCCUGGCUCCUACAUCAUCCAUCUUAACGGCACGCCCUUCGCUCUGACCCGACACCCGAAGCAGUUCGCGUCGCGGUUCAAGACCAUGCGUCGCCGCGGCCAUAUUUCUCCAUUCGUUGGGAUUCACAUCAACGAGCACUUCUCAGCAAUCCACAUCGCGACGGAUGAAGGGCGCAUUUGCCGGCCCUACAUCAUUGUCAAGGACGGGAAAUCAAAGCUAAAGGCGGAUCACCUGAGACUUCUACAGCGUGGGAAAGCGACCUUUGACGACUUCUUGAAGCGCGGCAUCAUAGAGUACCUUGACGUCAACGAGGAAAACGACUCGCUAAUAGCCAUCAGAGAGGACGAUAUCAACCAGUCGACAACGCAUAUGGAGAUCGAGCCUUUUACCAUCCUCGGAGCGGUGGCCGGUCUCAUCCCGUUCCCUCACCACAAUCAGUCACCCCGUAACACAUACCAAUGUGCUAUGGGCAAGCAAGCCAUUGGAGCUAUCGCAUAUAACCAGUUCAACCGGAUAGACACGCUCCUGUACACUCUUGUGUACCCCCAGCGCCCGAUGGUAAUCACCAAGACGAUCCAGCUCGUCCACUACGACAAGCUUCCGGCCGGGCAGAAUGCAACAGUGGUGGUCAUGUCAUACUCGGGCUACGAUAUCGAAGACGCACUCGUGCUGAACAAGGCGUCCUGCGACAGGGGCUUCGGGCGGUGCCAGGUGUUCCGCAAGUACUCGGCUGAGCUGCAGCAGUACCCGAACGGGCGGAAGGAUAGGCUAGGAGGCAUCCAGAAGGACGAGGAAGGGAGGACGAUCGCCAAGCACGGCUGUCUGGACAAGGAUGGACUGGCUGUCGUGGGCUAUCGGAUUCACUCCGGAGAGACCAUGAUCAUGAAAGAGACGCCUAUCGACCAGACAUCGACUGGCAUCGGCAGCGACCGAGGAUCCGACGAUUUCCGCCCGUCUCCGAUCAACUACCGCAUCGCCGACCCUGCGUACAUCGACAAGGUAAUGGUUUCCAACACGGAGAAGAACACUGCCAUCGUCAAAGUGCAGACGAGGCAGACGCGCCGACCAGAACUCGGUGACAAGUUCUCGUCGCGCCACGGGCAAAAGGGCGUCGUAGGCAUCAUUGUCGACCAAGAAGACAUGCCCUUCUCGGAUUCGGGCCUCGUGCCGGACAUCAUCAUGAACCCGCACGGUUUCCCGUCGCGCAUGACGGUCGGCAAGCUGUUUGAGUGUCUCACAGGCAAAGCGUCGGUCGUUGCGGGCCGCCGCGACUAUGGCUUCGGCGACGCCUUCCGCUCCCACCCGGUCGAGGAGAUGGGCAAGGUCCUCAUCGAGCACGGCUUCUCGUGGGAAGGCAAGGACUACUUCACCUCGGGCAUCACGGGCGAGCCGCACGAGGCCUACCUCUUCAACGGGCCGAUCUACUACCAGCGGCUGAAGCACAUGGUGCAAGAUAAAAUGCACUCGCGGUCACGGGGCCCCCGGGCGAUUCUCACGCGGCAGCCGACCGAGGGUCGGUCUCGCGACGGUGGGUUGCGUCUGGGUGAAAUGGAGAGAGAUUGUCUGAUCUCCUACGGCGCGUCUCAGCUGUUAUUGGAACGGCUGAUGAUCAGCUCCGACGGCACGGAGGUGGACAUAUGUGAGCGGUGUGGGCUGCUGGGGUAUAAGGGAUACUGCCAGACCUGCGCGAGCACGAGCGAGAUGACCAAGAUGACGAUGCCGUAUGCGGCGAAGCUGCUGGUGCAGGAGUUAAUCAGCAUGAAUGUGGGCGUGAGGAUGGAGUUAGAAGAUAGGUUUCCGCAUCCGAGGUAGUGUUGCUGGGAGCCAAAGGAGAGAAGGCGGGUGGCGUUUCGGGAGGGAUCAAAGAUGGGCUGCCCUGUAUAAUAAAUAAGUAUGGGUGAUUUUGGCAUACCUACGUUUGAGUUCUAGCAUGGCGUCUCCAGACGGAAGGAACUGUUUUAGUCUGCUUGCAGAUUUGUAGCCUUACAAAA